AUGGCACCACAACAAAGCCCCUCCAAGUCCAUUCUGAAAACCUCCCUCCCCUCUGCAUUCGCCGCCGUUAACGCCGAGCAACCAACGACAUACCACUCAACUUUGUCACAGGAAGAACAAGACAAAUACCUCCAGGCCCGACCUGGCGCAACUGCACGCCACUUGGACAUCGCACUGCAGCAUGCGCAGCAUAUCCAAAGCCAGAAAGAUGUCGAAGAAAUGAUCCUAGACCGUACGGUCGAGCUCCUCGCCAUCCCCGCUUCAUCCUCCGCAGACCCGGCUUCCCCCUCAGCAGAGGAUGCCCAAGCUUUCAAGUCCGCCUUGGUCCCGUUUCGACCGACCGACUACGAUAACUACAUUAUGGAGCGAAAUUACGAAGAGUUAUGUGGUUAUGGGCUUUGCCCUCAGAAGAAUCGCAAGGAGACAAUCAAGGCGCGAGGCCAAACCUUUCAUUUUAAAUACGGUACCAAAGGAAGUGGACCUGGUGGCCGUGGCCGCAGCGUGGAUAUUGUGUCUCGAGAGAAAUUGGAAAAGUGGUGUUCGGACGAAUGUGCGGAGCGCGCGCUCUUUAUUCGUGUGCAACUGGCCGAGGAGCCUGUUUGGGAGAGACGUGCCGCUGAUACUCGAGCCAUCAGCAUUCUCUUACUGGAAGAGGCUCGUGCAAAGCGACAGAGGCAGCCCAAUGCCGAAAGCUCAUCCGCCGCUGAGGUUACUGCUGAGAUGGAGAACUUGAAUAUUCAUGAUCCCAACCGCUCGCGUGAGCUGGCUUUAGAGCGUGGCGACAAUACCCCCAUUCAUCGUGAUGGGAGGGUGGACAUCAACAUCAAGGAAAAGGAGCCCGGGUCUGGGUUGGCCGUCAGUGCACCACAACGGCGACCGGAGGACGCUUUGGGGGGAUCCAUUGAAGGGUACAUUCCCCACGAUCAAGGAAACAAGCGACCCACCCGAGAAGAUGAGGGAGAUCUGCUGGAUCAGAUUUAA